AUGGCUUCAGAGCUCUUUACAUGCACUUCUCUAGGAUCUUCUUAUUACGAAAACCCGCCUUCUGGGAUUUCGUAUUCGUAUUGCGCAAAGCUGAUGCCUACAGGUCCUCUUACUGUUAUGGCAGAUUCGAACAUUCUCAGCAAUGUGGAAAAGUCUUUAGUGGAGUCGGUUGUCGAGACCUCGACGACCGACGCUGAUGCAAACACAAAAUCUAACCCGAUCGCCGCCCCGAGCGGAAUGCUUAUUAACGAUAACACGCUUGCGCAUCAAAAUGACAACAAAACUUCUAUUGGAACUUCUUCGGUGGGUGGUAUUAGUAGUGGAACUGUUAGUGCGGACUCGGAUGUGAUUGUAGGCUCUUCUCCCUCCCUCCUUCUUUCUGCAUGUCGCUGUAGCUGGAAAUUAAUAAUUCUCCUUUAGCGGGGUCACAUGAAUGGAGCCAAUCCUACCGAUUCCGGUUUGAAGGUAUACACGGAGACAAUCGGCGCGCCUGGUUCUCGACCCGGAAGUGUUUCUCCCACAAAAGCAGAUGGUUCUAGGCUUCUCGAUAGAAAAGCCUCUCUCAAAAAACCUACAUUCAAACCGGUUUCUCUGAAUAAGGCUUUUCUUAAGGAACAGAUAUCUACCGGUGGACCUGCCUCCAACCCACUAAGCUCCGUUCUUUCUGGUACCAAAGGUGUAUACCUCGCGCGACGUAAAUUGCAUCCUUGAACUGAUUUCCUUUGUGCUGUGUGCAGGCAACUUAGCAUUUUCGCACCAACCUACUCCCCGUGGUCCUACAGUAUCUAAACUUAAGCUUGUCAAGACCGGUGGAACUUCGCAGUCGUCUAGGCCCGGCGGCACAGGAUCUUCUCUAUCUACCAGCAUAAAGCGCAACGAACAGGCGCAACAUGUGUGGAACAAGAACCAACGUGGGUUUCCGAUGAUUCUGUUCCUUGAGAGUCUUAACUAAUCCUGUGUAGCAAUCCCACCACCUCCGACCAAGGACGUUACGGAUGAAGAGCUUAAAGAUUUUGGCAUUCAUAUGGCAUCCAGACUUGGCCCCGAAGGCACCGGUGCAAAGUGGGCCGAUAUCGACGAUGAUGACGACGAUUGGGUACCGGAAGUCCCCGAGAAAUGGGGGGAUGCUCUUAAGCUAGCUCCCGUCGAGCCAACUCCACCUGUGAUUGCCCCGUCUCCGACCCCCCCUGCAAGGGUCGAAGAGGCGCCGCCUGCUGCUGUCGAUACCUCACCACCAAAGACGCCUUUCCCUGCGACUGCUAAGGAAGAAGUCCGCCCUAAAACCUUGGUUACUGAGAGGCUUACCUCUAAGCCAGUUGAGAAGGCGCCUCCUCCCACUGUCCGAGCGUCACCAUGGGCAAAAGUCUCCCCUCCUCCCGUUCAAUCCCUGGCUUCCAACAUGUCUCAACCAAGAGAUUUGGAGCCCCACCGUCGUUCUAACUAUGCGACGGAGCCUAUCGCAAAUCAUUCUUCAGGACAGCCCCAUGGGAUGAAGGAAGUUUCUGCAGACGUUUAUGGCCGCUCUUGGCGUGAUGGAAAUCAUGCCCAAGGGCCAAGAGAGCGGGAAUUGUACAAUUCCGAAACUGGUCAGCUUGAGCCCGUACAGGAGUCUAGAAACAAAGCCCCCAGAACUAGGGCCGAAGGAAAUAUUGAUAAGCCAUCAGUCUUGCAACGCCCCACUGGACCACCCCCUCCAGCAGAGCCUUCGCCGGCUUUCCAACAACAGCGAAGCAGUAUGAUGCACCACAGGCCCGAUGAGUAUAGGCGUAGAAGAACAUCGUCGAACGUUAGCGGUGGCAGUGGGAGUACUGGAAGGAGGCCGUCUUUUAGCAAAUUUGGGCUCGAACAACCCCCAACCCCCGAAGAUGGGAGAUUUCCGAUAAGGCCUGGCCCUAUGAGCCAUUACUCGACGGAUGCAUACCAAGACCAUAACCAAACUAGUUUGCCCGCCAAAUUCGAGAAUUCUAACCAAGCCUCUAACAUUGAGGGCUCUUCUCCGGCAGCCGCGCCAAUUGAACCAGCCAUUCCAGAGACUCCCAUAGAAGAUAUAGUUGCCCAGCAGGACCAGAUUAUGAAGGAACGUCGUGAGGUUGCGAGGAAGCGCAGACAGGAGGCGGAAGAGAAAGAGGAAGCCGCUAAGAAAGAGAGGCUUCGUGUUAAGCUUGAAGAAUUAGAAAAAAAAGCUUUGGAGGAAAAAGAGGCCGAACUGCGAGCGGUGGAAGAGGCGAGAUUGGCUGAGGAAAAGGCUGAGGCCGAUAGAAAGGCCGAGGAAGAGAGGAUCAUCGCGGAGAAAAAAGCUGCGGAGGAAGAAGCAGCUCGUAAGGCUGCUGAAGCCCGGCCUAUAUCGGACCGGUAUGAGCAUCCCCAUAGUUACCCUCCUACCCAACCUCAAGGCCGGCGUUCUUUGAAUACCACGCAAAAUCGGUCUCCAAACAAGAGCUUCGCAAUGCCCACCGUUAGGGAUUCUAAGGAUCAACCGUGGAAACAUGUGCCUCCGGGCAAUGACAGGUAUACUAGUUGGGGCGGUGCGCACCAGAAUAAUCAAGGCUCUGGUCCCAAUCCGUGGGGACCUAUCGAAAAGCCCAAGUUUCAGGGCGUGAAUGGAGUUGGAAACGGGACGUUCGAUAAUAGAUACUCUGGAUUUUCGACAAGACCACCACCGCCUGCACCUGCCUAUCCACAAGGUGCUAGGGAUGAUAGACGUAACAACAGGGGUCCGCCAACCUCUCCAGGACUCUCACGAGGUGGAUUAUCUCAGGAUGACAGGACUCAGGCUGUCAACCGUUGGAAUGCUCUGCCCGGGAAGAUCCUUGAGGAUGAAGCCGAGCAACGGAGAAAGGAUCGAGAAGCCUACCUUGCUAAACAAGCGGAGGAGGCGGCCACCGGUGUAAAGAAACCAGGUAUAGUUCCGCCUAAGCUGGUUGAAACAUGGAGAAAGACGGAUGGAAAUGAAUUUGAAUCCAAAUUCGUUGGCAAAAGUGAAGACCCUCCAGAGGUAGAGCAAUCAAACUCCACUGAGAAACUUCCUGGAGGGCCGUUGGCUGCAACUGUAGGUACUGGCGUGGAAGGCGGUAGGGUAGGAUCUGGUCAUCCCACGGGUCCAGCACCCAACGUUUCGAGUGGGCCAGCAGCGACUCGGCCUGCCUCUCGAUUCUUCCCGGCAGCGGCCGGGAAUAUCAUCGCUCAGCAUUUGGGGACUCAACCUAAAUCCUUCCAAUCUCCCACCAAGGGACUUGGCCCGCCGGGCUCCCCGCCGCCUCCGAUGUCUGCCGAGCAUCCAGUUCAUGGGGAUAUAAAUUCCCGGGUUGUGCAACUUCCCCCCUCUGGUCACGGGCCUUACCAACAUCCUCACGGAAGAGUAUCACCCACUCUGUACAUGAAUGGGCAUCAUAGGAUGAGCCAUCCCAAGUCGCCGCAAUUUUCGGGGGUUCAGGCUUUUGAAGCCGUGCAGCAGAAGAUUCUCGGCAUGACCCAGAAACAUUCACCCCCCCAGCAGACAGCAAAUCUCCAAGCUCAACUACCAAAAGGACCUACGUCAAGGGAUUUCUCAUCAACCAAACCUUUAUUCGAUGAAUCCCCAGAGAGGGUUGUUUCGAGACCAGCGACGGUCUCUCUUCCGCCCCAGCCAUAUGGUAUAGAGGGGAGCACUAAUAGCUAUGGUAUCAAUGAGGCAUCCAUUCUCACCAAGCCUGAUAAUGAGGAGUUCUUCCACGAACUUUUUGAACGCGAUUUUGGCUCUACGCCCACUGUUAAACUCCCCCAUGCUCUCCCCGCUAUCUACGCAAAUCAUGCCAAGAAAAUUCCGAUUGUCAACUUGCCAAAACCCUACAAACGGCCUCUCCCGAGAUGGCAGCUCCAGACUAUCGACAUAUUCCAUCCAUUCGGGCAAAAGGAUUUCAUCAAUGGGGAGGGUAAAAAAUUUAUUCCUGUCCAUCUUCCUGGAGGCGCAUCCAUCGAAGUGUUGAGCCGUGAUGGGAGGCGCAACGCAGGCAAUAAGAAGGGGUAUACCCAACAGAGACUAAAGAGCAACCGUUAUAAUGGAGGAGGUAAUUCUGGCGGCGGCCAUAUCGGGCGUGGCGGGGCGGGCACGGCGGGUAGGAGAGUCGCAGAUCCGGUCUAG